CAGCUACAAUGUAGAAUAGGGAUCAUAGUUCAUUUAACUGUCUCUCCGACACGUGCACAACUUGACACACUAAAGAGAAAUAUGGCGACGUCCCUGAUGCUGAUUAUGCCAUGUUUAUUGUGUUUCUGUUUGCAAUUCACGAUCGCCUCUACUGACGAUGGUAACUGGUGUGGGCAAGAUGGAACAAAAGUCUGUUGUGCUGGUUUUUAUGAAGAGAAUAAUACGUGUCUAGAAUGUGUUGGAGCACACAGUAUCAAUUGCUCCGAACCGUGUCCAGCAUCCUACUAUGGAGGGUCUUGUAAGUUGAAGUGUCAUUGUGUAAUCACCGAGUGCGACAGAAUACGUGGUUGUCCCGAAGAAACUCCAAUCAAUGGAAAACAAGACUUUGUAAACUUUUUAGAAACUCUCAAGGCAAAUCGUUGGGUUGUUGUCACUGUGGUGGUUCUGGUAUUGUUCCUUGUCGUAUCCUGUAUUAUGAUUGUUAAAAACAAACAAAACAGGAAUAACGGAAGGACACAAGGAAAUUACAUCAACCAUUCCCUUCCAGAAGAAGACGGCGAUUAUCUCAAUGUAUUUGUUAUUCCACAGGCGUCAACCGAAUACUUGAACUCAUUCGAGUUAAAGCGUCCUACCGACAAUUACGACUAUCUACACAGAUACUGUAAAAGUGGUAGUUUUAGCGAGACACAAAUUUAGCGAUUUGUCCAUGAAUUAUGGGUAUAUAUAUAUAUAUAUUCAGCGGGAGCUAAUUUUAGUGACCUCAACUCUGUCGCUAAUAAUGCCAAAAUUGAAUCCUCGCUAAAACUUCUACUAGGUUAUAGGUUAUUUUUUGUUCCUAUUGAAAUUAACAUGAUGGAAGCUUUGGAGUAACUAUUAUAUUCAAGCCCCAAUGCAAAUAAUCUACACAUCUUUAAUUUAUUUUCAUGGAUAUAUGUUUUUAUGUCAAGUUGGUUUUUUUGUCAAGUUGAAAGGUCAAUGUUUUUAUAAGAAAUAAAAUCUCAUACGUAUAUACAUGUGCAUAUGGUACAUGGUAUAUAUAUAUAUGAUAUAUUGAAUUAUAUUUGCGUAAGUCACGUGAAACAAAAAGAAUAGUGCGUUCAGUAACACUGCAAGGGCAGUGUACGUACGUAAACAAUACAACAGAGUAAAUGGUGCCGAGAUUUUUCUACUUUCGGACAAGUGCAGCAGACAAAUAUCUAUACAUGUAUUAUUUACAUCUAAAAGUAUUUAAAGGGGUUUUAAAAGAUAGGUAAUAGAUAAGGGGUCUGCUAUUUAUUUAUUUGUUGUUGUUUUUCUAAUGGAAUGUGCACCCACAAUUUUCAAAUCCGAUAAAUGACUUUACCCGUUAUACUGUAUCAUUGUAGCAUCGUAGUGGAUUCGUAGUGCCUGGAACAUUCUCACGAUUCUUGAAAGCGUUACAAGUGUUUUAUUAAUUUUCAUUCUGUGCGGUCGUUAGUGUAUUGCCUAGAUGUAAUUUAUCGAGUGGAGUACAACUCUAGUGCUAACAAUUAAUACUGUCUACUUUUCUAAACAUUGAACAGAUGUGUUUCUAGUAAUGGUACUAUUUCAAACGUUAUCACUUUAUCUGCUUGAUUUACAUAUAACGAAUACUGUUGAAAUUAAUCUAUUAUUCGAUAGCUCUCCAAAAUUUAUGGUGUCCCGAUAGGAUCAUAAAAUUUUGUAAAAGUAUGUUGUCACACAACACGCCGUCGCGUUAGCACAACUUUACAUCAUGCGCUGUUGCGUUAACACAACUUUACAUAAUGCGCUGUAGAGUUAACACAACUUAGAGGGACUGAUUCACGAUCUUCCCCAAAAUUAUCUUUUCCCUUUUUAAUCAUCAAAAUCUACUGUCUGUGUUUAAAAGAUUUCACAUAAAAAUUAUGGUUAUACAUUAUCACAGAAGCUCAUUUAUAGAGAGUUUAUUAUUUGUUUUGUAAACAAAGAUUGCGUUAUGUUAUUGUUUACAAAAUUUUCAAAAGAAAUGGAUAUCGAUCUAAGUUUAUCAUAUCUUCCACAUUUCAAGCAUUUUUGGGGUAAAAUAUGUCAUCUAAAAGUUAAAAUUUGUGACUAUGCAAAAUUAAGAUGCUUUAUAUUACAAAAUCAAUAUUUCACUUGUUUGUUUGUAUACAUAAAAAUACUCGAGUCUUUGUUUACAUAACGCAGAUUUAAGGCUACAAUAUUUGCUCUUAUUCUUGCAUUCAGAAGGUCAAAAUGUUGGCUGUCAACAUUAAAUAAUUUAUAUUUUUAAUGUUUAACAUCGAAAACAAUUUUUUUUAAAAUCAAAAUUCGUUAACCAGUCCUUUUAACACAAUGCGCCGUCGCGUUAACACAACUUUACAUAAUGCGCUGUCGCGUUAUCACAUAACAUGACAUAGGCGAUACGCCGGGUCAUAAAAACCUUCACCGAUAUCGCAAGGAAAUAUGCACGCGUAUAUUGCCCAUGUGUUUGGCCGUUUUAUACUGUGACAGUUACAUCAUAAUUCAUGUCGAGUUUUCGAUUCAAAAUAGUCUAUACCGACUUCCAAAAAGUCGAAUUUUUGUUAUAUUUGUCGCGUUUGUUGAACCUACUGACUUCACCAGGAUGAAUACGGGCUAAACCCUUACUAGAUUUUAAGCUUCAUCUAGACCUACUCGUCUGAUGAUGUCCCUAACAGUGGUGCUAUGACCAUUUUUGAACACACUUUUUUCUUUUUAAUUGUUUUCAAUCAGCCCACCCCUUUUAAUUACUUUGAACUUCAUAACCGAUUGCUUACAUGUAAAACCCAUUUAUCAGUUUCCAUGAUUCUGUUUUUUGCACGUCUACCCUAGACAUGAUCAGUACGGGAAUGUCUGAUGUUGAUUCAAUUUCCUAGGCUGCUUAUUCUUUGUUUUUGUUUGGAGUUGGUCCAUUUUGUUAACUUAUUCAAACUUGUUGUUUACAUUAUCUUUCUCUCAAAUUUUGUUCAUUUCUUACUUCGUUUACAUGGCUUAUUUUCAUUUAUUUAUUAUUAUUUUAUUUUUUUGUAUUUGUUACUUAUUAUUAUCUUUUUUAUAAAUUAUUUAUUCUUAAUACAUGGUUAAAAUAGAAUCUCUCUGGAUACGACUUAGCUUUACUAUUUGUCAACGUAAUUGGGUUAACUCGUUCCACUUGAGAUUAAUUAAGUUUAUUGUUUUCCAUUUCGGACAUUUUGGAUCAGCUCUUUGUCCUAAUUCGCUCCACUUUUAACAUUGAUUGGCAAGCCUAAAGACCAAAACACAUGUAGUCUGCGUUGUAAAUACGUUUGUAGAUUAGUGUAGUUGUAGUACUAGAUGUAUUAUAUGUAGUUUUUGUUAUUAUGCUCUGUUGAUAUUGGCCACAUUAUGUAAUUCUUUUCGUUUGUCCCGAAAAUUUGACAAUCUGGUUGUUCGUGUCGUUGGUCAUUUUAGUGCUUUGUAAAUUUUUUUGUAUCUGACCUUGUAUCCAUGUUGUGGAUCCGACACUUUGAGGUAUCGGGUGUUGUUGGAACUUUAGUGCUUUUAUAUAUAUAUAUAUAUAUAUAUAUAUAUAUAUAUAUAUAUAUAUUAACAUUACAAGUAUUCAUAACCAAUUACACUCAUUCAUAAUAUGUACUGUAUCUGGUAUAUGCGGGGGAAAAAUAUGCUCUAUGUACUAAUUAAUAACCGCGUCAUUACGUAGUUUCGCGGCACAUUUAAGUUAUUUACCUAAAUUACUCAGUUCUUUGAUGUUAUUUACACUCAGAAGCCUGGUCAAUUUAAAUACACUUGGUUUUGCAUAAUAGAAUUGUUUAAUAUAUAUUUUUUUAAAUUCAUUAUAAAGUGCAUUAGAAUGAAGUGGAAUUCGUCUGCAAUAUCAUUUAAAUUACAAUAUUUACAAAUCCUCAUAUUUCUGGGAAUAUUAUUAUGUCUACCGGUUUCUAUGCAUAAUGAAUGUGACGAGGUUCUAUAACCAGUAAUAAGCUGCUUACUAUACGAGUCUAUUGGUUUUGUUAGAUAAUACUGUACACAAAAAUUGUCAACAAGGUGCCGGUAUAGCAUACACUUUGAUGAACUUUCAAAACUACACAUUAUAUUUUGUCUGUAUAUAUCUAACAUUUUGUGUUCGAUAAUUUUAUAAAUAUUUUGGUUCCUAUUGUGGUCCCACAAGUAAGUUAAACCCAGAUUAGACAAUUCUUCUUUCAUUAUAGCUAACCAGUUAUUAUUAUAAGUGAACAUGUCUUCGUAACAAGCCUUUAAAAUACAAUUGUCUGUGUUCUUGUACUUGACCUUUGGUUAGUAACCCAAGGGCUAAAUUCACUUUCAGUUCAGCUUAUUCUCUCAAAACCAUGGAAUAGUACAUACGCACUAAAAUCAUUUACAUCAAUGCAUUAUCGCAAAUCUUGCUUGAAGGUAAUUCCACACUUUCAGAAUUGUAGGUUCAAUGUCAUAUUUGAUUGUUGAUUCUUCAAAUAAUAUAUCUUAGUAACAAAUAAAAAUGAUAUGUGGUUAAAUCUUUAUGGUUUCAUUACCAUCAGUAUUAACAUGACAUUUCCAAGUGUAUAUUUAUUUCAACUAUUGUAUUUUAUAUCAUUUGAUUGUACCGGUUGAACUUUAUUAAUGCACAUCAUGUUUUAGAUUUUAGUAAUUUUACUUUACAUUAUUAAUGUUUUGCUAGCAUUCUUUUGAUAUCAUCUGUCUUAAUGCUAUAGCAUGCUGUAUCAUUUUUAUUGUGUGCAGCGCUUUAGAAUGGUUAUUUAUGAUCAUAUAAGGCGCUAUGUAAAUAAAUAUUAUUAUUGUUAUUAUAAAAUUAGUAUGUUGCGGUAUUAAUAAUUUUUUUUUUUAUCGAUUAGCAUACAUAUACAUUUGUACCUGUAUCAACGUCAAAAAAUUGCAAUUUCCUUAAACAGCAUUAUCAAAAUUUCACAAAAACUGGUUGAAACGAUAUGAUAGUAUUCAUAACAAUUUCAUGAAACUGUUUCUUUAAGAAAUAUACAAAAUGUUUGUGAAAACUAAAGGAAAUCUAUCGCACAAUGGACUUGAUAAAUAAUUUAAUGAAAACAGAGUUAUUGCCCUUGGAUUCAAUUGCUUAUUCAUAUAUUUCGACAUAUUUUAUGGUUAACAAGAUUUUUUACAAUAACUAUAGAAAAAGACUCCAA